GAGCAUCACAGGAUACCGGCGAGCAAAGGAGCAGAGAAUGCAAGCUCUUCAGUCACCAGCUUUUCGUGUUUCCCCCUUAGAACCUUUUCGUAAGCAAUCCAAUUCGGGCAGUGCCAAUGCCAGAACUUCCAAGAAGAAGCUUCCAUGGAUGAUACCCAUAUCUGCUUCCGCUUCUUCAAUUGCUCCCAAGAGAGAGAAAGACCCAAAGAAGCGAGUUGUAAUUACUGGAAUGGGUCUUGUUUCUGUUUUUGGCAAUGAUGUUGAUGUAUACUAUGAUCGGUUGCUCUCUGGUGAGAGUGGAAUUGGAUUAAUUGAUCGAUUUGAUGCAUCCAAGUUCCCUACUCGGUUUGGUGGCCAGAUUCGUGGGUUCAGCUCUGAAGGUUACAUUGAUGGCAAGAACGACCGUCGUCUUGAUGAUUGUCUCAGGUACUGUCUCGUUGCUGGCAAGAAGGCCCUUGUGGAUGCUGCCCUCGGUGGUGAUAACCUCUCCAAGAUUGACAAGGAACGAGCUGGUGUGCUUGUAGGAACAGGCAUGGGUGGUCUAUCAAUGUUUUCUGAUAAUGUGCAAAGUUUCAUUGAGAAAGGUCACAGGAAAAUUACUCCAUUUUUUGUUCCUUACACCAUAACAAACAUGGGGUCUGCCUUGCUUGCAAUAGACCUUGGUUUUAUGGGUCCAAAUUAUUCAAUUUCAACUGCUUGUGCUACAUCCAAUUACUGCUUCUAUGCUGCUGCCAACCAUAUCCGACAAGGUGAGGCUGAUUUAAUGAUUGUCGGUGGAACUGAAGCUGCAAUUGUUCCUAUUGGCUUGGGAGGCUUCGUAGCAUGUAGAGCUUUGUCACAGAGAAAUGAUGAUCCAAAAACUGCUUCAAGGCCAUGGGACAAAGAUCGAGAUGGCUUCGUGAUGGGUGAAGGUUCUGGUAUAUUGAUAAUGGAGAGCUUGGAACACGCAAUGAAACGUGAUGUGCCUAUUAUUGCUGAAUACUUGGGUGGUGCAGUAAAUUGUGAUGCUUAUCAUAUGACUGAUCCCAGAGCUGAUGGACUUGGUGUUUCUUCAUGUAUUGAAAGAAGCCUUGAGGACGCUGGUGUGUCACCAGAGGAGGUUAAUUACAUAAAUGCACAUGCAACUUCCACAAUUGCUGGUGACCUGGCUGAGGUGAAUGCUAUUAAAAAAGUAUUCAAAAACACUUCAGAGAUCACAAUAAAUGCAACCAAGUCUAUGAUAGGGCAUUGCCUAGGUGCAGCUGGGGGCCUGGAAGCCAUUGCUACAGUGAAAGCCAUAACUACAGGCUGGCUGCAUCCUACAAUAAACCAGUUUAAUCCAGAACCUUCUGUUGAGUUCGAUACAGUUGCAAAUGUAAAGAAGCAGCAUGAAGUGAAUGUUGCCAUUUCAAAUUCUUUUGGCUUUGGAGGACACAACUCUGUUGUGGUUUUUUCAGCAUUCAAGCCGUGAUCAACCCAUGUUUUGCAAUUUUGCAAGGAUAGCCUUGCUCAUUUCUUGUUCCUUAAUAUAUUUCUUAGAUGAUGUUUUUUAAUUUUUUCAGUAGGUUUUUUUUUUUCAUUAUGAUGCAGUUCUGUAAGUUGUGAUGUAACUCAAACUUGGCUACGCCAUAUUUAUGUCAGUCAGUACUCCCCGGAAAUUUUGAGAGAUUAUCCAA